UGAUAUUAAUUUUAUGUUCACUGUACCGGAAGAUGCAGGUACUCGAGACUUUCAAAGCCUACAAGAUUCCAUAUCGACACAAACCUAUUUGCAACAGACAAUAUAUAGACAAUAAGUACUGCUAUGCCUGUUGCUACAACCUCAAGUAAUGAUGAUAAUGAGGAUUUAGACAAAGAAAUUUACAAAACAAGUGAUGAAAUUGAAAAAUUGACCGAACUUGGAAAUGCGAGAAGAGAACUUACUGGAAAAGCUAUUAUAAAUGUACUUACCCAAAAAUUAGCUGAAAACUUGCCUGUUAAUGGAAUUUGUGUUUUUAUAGCAUUGUGGCUUAGUCUAAUAACGUCUUCAAUGAUGGAAUAUACUAUAGAAUAUACUACAGGUGAUGAAGAGAUUUGUGUAGUAAAAGAUGAAAACUAUAAUUUAGUCCAAUACAGAGCAUUUGGGAGAGUGUAUUAUCAAGUAUAUGUCAAUAACAUCAAUAGUAAAAUACAAGAAUUAAAAGUACAGUUACGCGACAGUUCCAUUAUUCCACGAUUUGUGGAACGUUGA